AUGCAAAGGAAGAAAACGUCGAAGUCAGAGGGAAAUCUUUCCGGGAAAGCAAAGAAGCAGGUAGACGAGAACUCCUGGCGCGAGCCUUUGGACGCAAUCUCGAUCAACGACGACGAGUGGUGGUGCAUCGUGACCAUGAUGGUUGAGACGAUUACCGAGCACUCGAGGUGCGUGUCGCUUUUCAACGUGGCCGCUGAAGAGGGUAGGCGGAAAGCCAUUUACACUCUGAGCUGUCAGAAAACGCUGGCCAGCGUGAGAGCGUUGUCGAAGCAGAGCCUAGAUAAAUGUCCAACGAUUCAGGGCGUUUGUCAUUACGCGAACAAGGUUUUCAACGAGAACAACGACGCGCUACCAAGCUGGCUGAUGGCACGGAUCAUCAAGUACUUAAUAUAUCGGGCCAGGGAAGAGAGCAUCGGUAGACUGAAAAGACUAGCCGACCUUGAGCGCGAAAUAGACGAGGAGUAUUUGAUUAUGCAAACAGUUGCUGACUUUGGCCAACCAGGAUCGAAGAAAUUCGACGAGGAAAUGUUUGAUAGAAAAGCGAACACGAAACUGAGGAAACGUGGCGAGGAGUGGCGAGAGGCUGUUUACGUUGACGAUGCUCCUCUGAAUGGACCGAAUCUCUAUAUAAUUCUGACAGGUUUCCACGACCCAGACCUGCCAGAACACUUGAUAAAUGUCGGAGUGCCGUUAAGUUGCAUGAUGCAGAUCAAACGACCGAACGAACGACUGAAUCGUAACGUACAGCACGAAACGGUCGCAGAGAAAUGCACGGAAGAUAGAAUAUUCCACUUCCUAGAAGAGUACACAGUCGGUAAAACGAAGUUGUUCAACUUUUGGACGAAAGUAAAGAAGCGAAUGAUGGAUCCGGAAGCGUAUCCGGAAUAUUGCGACAUCGGGUUCCUCGUAUUUUGUCCACCACAGCUGCCAGAAACGUCGAAUAAGCAGGAAUAUGAAGCCCUGAAGAAAGACAUGUACGACAGAGUGUCGUAUAUCGUGUACGAUUUUUACGAUGUUUAUAGACAACAUGGUAACUAUUUGAAGAGCAUGAAAGUAGAGAAGGGUAUCGUUGGUGAAAGUGCGGAGAAAGCGAGUGUGGAAGUUUAUGAGACCUUGCUGCAUACGUUUCCUCCAGAGUGCGUUUCAGUGCCGCUGAUAUUGUUUGCAAUAUUGAUGCAAGUUGAAGCAAAUGUCAGAAGAACAACGGCCAACAGCACUAUCGACGAAAAGGGGGAUGCAAGAGCAACUGCAAUGGAUGACGCAGACCUAAAACCGGAAGCCGAAAUUACCCCUCUAUCUGCAGUCGCGUUCGUCGAACAAAAGGUAAAAAUUCUUAACAUCGAAUAUGGUCUCGAUGACGAGGAGUACAGCAGCGGCCAUAGCGGACAAAACGUAACUGACAUCGCGCUAAUCCUUCGCGAAGAUAGUCUGGGUGAAGCCAUUUGUCUGAUGGAUGAUUCCGCGAUUCCUCUGAUACCAAAACCGACGGAUUUGAUCGACCACGUUUUGUCCAUUUUCCGACAUCCGAUCGUGGAAAGUAUUCGCAAGAAGCACGACAUCAGCGGAGAAAAACUAAACGAAUAUACUCGCCACAUCGAUAACAUUCGACGUUACUUCGACGUUGAAAUAAGCGUCGAGGAAGUCAUGCAUCACUUGCACAUUUUGAUAUUCGACAAAAUGUUACACCGAUCGUCGAAAACCAAAUCCGAGGUUCUGGUUAAUACUACGAACGAAGUCAUGCAAAGCACGAUGCGUACAAAAGAUUUAACGUUUCCAACGAAACGCAGCAAAUCCCUGUCUAGUCUGGUUUCAGAAUCCACGCCUAAAAUCCAUUUUCUCAGCGACGGUAACUUCGAUUACGGCAAAAUGGUACCAGAGGUCGUCGAAUGUUCGUCUCUGUUCGACCUGAUAGACCCUCGUGAAUUAUUAGUGCCUGGUUAUUUGGAGAAGAACGUCUUGAAGCCGAGAGCGACAGACAGGCCUCGCCUCGGAGAUUUCAGCGAUAUCGAACUAUUAUCGAAGCCAAUUUUUCUGCAGCUUCUUCACGAGUGUCUCCUCGCGUUCGAUCACGUUGAGCUUCGAUACUUCGAACCUACGGACUCUCUGCUACUAUACUUCCGUAACAAGUGGGAAAUCAAUGGGGUGAGCGAGGAAGAAAGAAUGUCUAGCAUUCGGACGCCGGUUCGACUUCGUGAUUUCUGCAAAUACGUGGUGCCUGAAGAAAAGGAUUGGCUACGACGGGAGGAGGAGCAGUACAGAUUGCAGACGGCCGAGUCGAUGGAAAGAUUGAUGAGAAAGAACGCGGAGAUAUACGACGAGACGAUGCUGUUCCGCGACGAGGACUUCAUUCUUCCUGGGACACUAAAAGCAAAAGAUUUGGAGGCAAGAAGGGAUCUUGAUAGGCAAAAAAGUAGUUUAGAAGUAGACGUAUCAUCCCAUUCUCCGGUAGAAGAUGUGACAAAGGGUGCGAAAAAAGAAAAAGCGAAGGGAAAGGAGGAACCUAAGAAAGGGAUAAAAAGAAGCGACAAAUCGACCGGUCGAAAAAGUAGUGCAAAACGAUCAAUCGCAGUGGAAGGUUCUCCGUCGACCAUGGACAAGUUAUCGCAGGUGAAAAUUGUCGAAAAGGAAACGACUUAUGAUUUCAUAGGCUACGAUCUCGGGAGACUACGAGUGCAAGUAACGAAUCGUAAGAAGACAUUUUAUUCGGCCGAUGAUACUCUGGUACAAGUAGAAACAGACGAUUGGCUCUACAAGACCAAGCAUUUACAAAUCACUGUUACUCUACGUGGCUGCAGCUUACGAUUGUUCCACAGAAUCGACAAGCCUGAAACGAUCGAGAUAUUCCAUCUAACCACUAGAAGAGGGAUCAUUCUUGCUUUCCAGAAGCUGCUGACAUCGCCACAUCCAUCGAAGAAUAAUGAUCAUACUUGGCAAUAUAUGAACGUCGAAUCCAGGAUCUCAUGGCCUACCGGUUUGCUGAUAGAAUCAGUCAUUGGUGACGGACCAGAAAAUCCUUAUUAUAUUCGACAGUUAUACGUACCAAAAGGCCACGCUGACAACAACGAAGAUCGUGAAAUUUGCAGAAAAUUUUUGAGAAAUGCAACUGUUUUGAAGUACCUAAGCGAUGGCAGUAUAACCGUUUUUCGACCUAAUGGAGUAAUCGUAAAUUGUACAGCAUUCGAGAAGACUCAGGCCAAGCAACACGAAAGUCACGAUGAUCAAGCUAGGGGUUCGAAAAGUGGACACGUUAAUGCUUCAGGUGACAGACCGAAAGAGACGAAGCUGCAACCUAAAACCAGGAGAAAGCCAAUGAGUAACUUGAAGUCCCAAUUGCACGAAGUGGUCGAGGGAGAUUCUGUGCCUGCACAGCAGAAUUUAACGACGGGUAGUGGCAACGUCUUGUCAAUGAUGGACAGCACGGUCAAAGUGUCACGGUACACAGUCCUGAAUCACGAUGGCAGGUGGUACGAGGUGCACGACGACUUGGUCGUAAGUGAACAGCAUCGAUUACUCGUGAGAAUGGCGUCAGACUACGAGGUCGAUGAGAAAUUCACGCGUCGCGCUGACGGUACCAACAUGUUGCUGAAUUCCAAUGGUGAAUUGAUUGUCAGAUUCCCAGGAAAUAACAGCAAUGAUGAACACGGGGCUUUUGAAAAGUUUUAUAGGAGAAUCCCAUUGACAGGGGAGUUCUGUGUAAUUCACAGCUACGUUUUAGACGGUACGCGUAUCACGACCGGCUACGCGAUAGAAAAGGAACCAGUGAUGUGUGACUGGACCGAGGAAGAAAUUCUGCGAUACUUUGCGUCGGACGAAAUAAAAGGAGACACGCAGAACUACGUCGAGCCAUCUUUUUCGAAUCACGGAUACGCCGAGCAGUCCCCUUUUUCCAAAUCUACCAUGCAUUACGAGGAGAAAAUAACCGAGCUAUCGAUCACAGACAGCUUUGUCUCCGUCUUGUUGACGUGUCGCAUGGAGCACAAGAACUAUGCCACGGUGUCCUACGAUCAGUCAGCAGUUAACUGCACUUUAUCGAUGCCCGACGAUCUUCGAGUCAGCAUAUCUAGAAGAGGUCAUUACGAAGUUUCGAUGGCGGACGGAGUUAAUCUAAAGAUCAACGAAGACAACCUAUCGUUCCAAGGCAACUCGUGCACUAUUUGCGGUAAACAGUCAACCUCUACCUACAAUUUCUUCUCUUCCGUGUUACCAACUGCCCUAUUCACCACGGUUGACGUCUUCGGUAACAUACUCGAAGUAAAGGACGAUGGUGAAACGAAUUAUCAUCGAAACGUUGAAACAUCGAAACGUCAGAGACGAAAUUCGACUGUGGACGAACAACACUCGAAACAGCAAGAAUAUUAUAAAUAUUGCGAAGAAGAAUUCGAAGACGACAUUGCUGAGCCAUCCUGCAAUCACGAAGCACUGUGCUUCACUAAAAACGUCCUCGGUUGCAGAAUGUUUUCGAUAAAUCGAGAGCUCACUGCUUAUGAGUAUAUUCAUCGGCUUACCAGGAAUCAGAUCGAGCUGGUGGCAGUAUUCGAUGACGACAGUAGCAUAAUCUUGUAUCCGAGUUCCCAUCGACCGAUGCUUCGUCGUCUGAUCACAUUGGAGCCCGUAGCAGCGAAAUCUCGACUGAAGAACGCACUAUCGUUUCCGGAUUUUAAACUGAAGCCAACGAAUUUCGAUAGAGGAGACAUAUUACGGAGUACUUAUUCGAUUCCGUACGAUUGGCUAUUUCCAUUCGGAAGGAACGGUAAUGGUAUUUGGAAAAAUACCCACGACCUGCCUCUAAUGGACGAUGUCGAAGCUCUGCCCGAAUUAUUGAGAAUUCGUAUUCUGCGUGGCUUCAAGGAACCAGGUGGAAAUGCGGUGAUCGAUCUCCAAAGAGCACUCGGACGCUAUUGGAUGUCCUUGGUUGGUGACAUUUUCCCAUCACGUUUCACCGCGGAUCAAGAAAGGGAAAUCACGAAAAAGACGUCAGAGGCAGUAUACGGUCAUUUAGAGGACAACCUGCAUGUCCUGUCAUUGGGUAUCAAAAAGACGAUCGACGUCGAAACGUAUAAAAUCGGCUUGAAAAAGCAGUGGACGAUAUCUGGAACGACAGCUCGACGAAGAUCGAUGAAUUUCGACGAAUUCCUCGGGCACAAGGAUGUAGAGAGGGAAAAGCUAGAAUGGUAUAAACGUUGCAUGAGGGAAAAGUUCAUCCUGCCAUACUUUGAAAAUAUCACUGGAAUGUGUUUUCUUUGGAUAAUGGACAGCAUAGAGAACGCAAUGUCGGGUAACGAGGCUUUCGAUGAAAUCGGCGAAAAUUAA